AGAAAAAGUCACAGAGAGAGAGAGAGAGAGAGACUCUUGCAAGUAAGAGACAGAGGUCCUGAAAGAGUGGCAAAGGUUUCUAUAUUGCAGAGAGGAGAAAAUGGAAUCCCCGAAUUUUUCUAGAUGGAAAUGUUUUGGCAUUCCUUAAUUUUCUUAGACGCCGACAGCCUCCUCUGGAACGUCCUGACAAACCUUUCUCUCUCCUUUUCUUGUCUUAUAUGCCUCGUCGUUCUUCUAUAAAUAAGUCACACCAUUCACUUUUCUUGAACUCCCCUCCCCCUCUUCCUAAACACCUUAUCAUUUGCCUUCCUUCUCUGAAAAUAAGGACUUUUUUUUUUUUUUUUUUUAACUUUGAGGAGGGAGUAUGGAGGAGUUUGGUUCUCUGUGGAGUUACCAAGAGAGCAUGGAUGAGUUGAGGCUGAAGCUUUUCUACACCAAUCUUGAACUGGAAUCAUUGAAAAUGGAAGCAAAUGAGGAAAUCAGAAAGAACAAGGAGUACGUGAAGAAUUUGCUCAAUCUUCUAAAGAUUGCAAACCAAGAGCGAGAUGAAGCUAGAGAUCAGCUGCAGAAGCUUCUGAACAAGCUCAUGCCCUCUAGCACUACUGAAUUACCCAGCGUUCGCACCCAUGUCCAACCUGAAAGUCCCCUCGUAAAAAUACCUGCAAAAGCAAACUCAAGCAUUACAGAAUCUAACAGUCUGUCUGAAACACAUAACCACCAUUCUUAUGGAUCUUCCCCUGUAGAUUCGUUCUUUGAUGCUGUUUCAUCUCCGGAUUUCUCCAACAUUAAUGUGGUUGAUUCAGGAAACAUGGGUCUUGUGAAUCAGCAUCUUGUUCAUAAGUAUAGUAGUGGCUAUGUUUCCCCAGGCUUAGCCUCUUCAGGAAAGGUAAAGAUCGAUCCGGAUUCUGAAGUGAUCGAGAAUCUUGUUAAAGGAAAAGCUCUCCCUGAAAAGGGAAAACUCCUGCAGGCUGUGAUGGAUGCCGGCCCUUUACUUCAGACACUGAUUGUUGCAGGGCCACUUCCUCGUUGGAGAAAUCCUCCUCCUUCGCAGCCAUUCAAAAUCCCUCCUGUUUCCAUUGAGGGUUGUGAAACUGCAAAUAUCAGUUUUAAAUCUGCUGCAAAUGCAAGCUUUGGGAUUCAGAAAACACAGAGCUCAUCCCCAUAUCCUGUAAUGUCUCGUGGGAGUUCCCAAGCUUGUUCUGCCUCUCUGAUAAAUUUUUGUGCCGAUCCUUCUUCUUCCUGUUUGAGCAAUCCACGGCUAUUGACUUCUUGUGCUAGUUUUAACAAUCAUAUCCCAGAAUCCAAGCGGCAAAGGUUUCAAUGAAAUCGCUAGACUUUGCUUCUCUUGUGUAGAAAAACCAAUUUUCAGUGGUUGAUGGUGUAAAUGGGAUACUUUUUUUUUGGGUUUGAGUUUUGAAUGAGAUAGCUCUCUUUAACUUGGGUUUA